UAAACUUCAACGCUCGGAAACGUAUAGUACCAUGAAAGCGGCAUGCAUUAUCUUGACCAUCAUCAUCUGUGUCGCCAUCAUGGCGGUCUGCGUGAUGGUGAAGUUCGCCACAGAUAUCACAGUGGACGAGAAAAAGCGGGAGCUCCAGUCCCUUGGCGGGGUCAACCAGGUCGCCAAGUCCAUAGUUGUGAUAGCUCUGAAGGAUAACCAGAGCAUACCGAUAGCUGAGAGGUUUCCUUACGUCGCUGCCAUCGCGAGGAAUUCCUCCAACUCCUGGUCGUUCGCCUGCUUCGCCAGCGUUAUCCUGGUCAAAUGGGUGGUUACGUCCGCACAUUGCAGGAAAAAGGGCGCAACCCACAGAGUUCUAUUACUCAACGAUUUCGCCCGAAACAUAAGUAGAACUUUCCCCAUUCUGUACUGGAGAAUCCACGAGAAGUUUAACAUCAAUACCACUGUACCAAUGUAUGACAUUGCGGUUGCCAAAUUCAACAUGGAGGCCACUCCAAUGACAAUCAAACCCUCCACGUUUGAUGAUAGACUUGUCGAAGACUGUGAAGCGAGUAUAUGGAAGACUGUAUCUACAAUGGACAGGAAAAUAUACUUGAUCAAUGAUUUUGACAAGCUCCACGUCCAAAUCGCGUCCCCUGGUAGGUGUUAUGAGAGUUACGGGAUCCAGGCUGAUGAAAGCAUGAUCUGCAUUGACCUGAGCGGAUACGACGACUGUUUCGUCCACGAGUUCGGCCCGAUAUACAAUAAGGACAAGGUGGUCGGGAUACUAGCGGCGAAACCGAAGGACUGCGAAGUCAAAUUCGCCGUGUUCACGAACGUCUCUUAUUAUGCGACGUGGAUUUUGAAGUUGACGCACACGACGGCUUAUUAA